AUGGGGUCCCGCUGCUGUACCCCGCAGCCCGAGCCCAUCCCCGGUUCUUACGACCCUAACAACUGCGACGUGAUGGUGCACCCAUGUCUAUUCCCAAUGUACGUGGUGAAGGUGUCGGAUUUCCUGCAAAUGGAGGGCCCGCCACAGGCCCACGAUGCUCUGAUGGACCAGGGGCUGCUUCACGAGUGGCACCCAGGCAUGUUCGUGGUUUUCAUCUCGCAUCAAUGGAUUGGAGCUGGGCACCCGGAUCCCUCUGGCUCACAAACGGCCGCGCUGCGUGGCGCUGUCUCCAGCUUCAUCGAUGGCUCGCUGCAGGUGGAGCCUGACUUGAUAUCAAUGGAUAUGUCAACUAUUUGGACGACGUAUUCUUGUGAAGAAUUCGCCAAUGGUUAUAUCUUCUUCGAUUGGUUCGCAAUCCCACAGAUCACCGCCCGGAAGCAAGGAGUAAAUGAGAACGUUACCAAGUCCGAUGCUGCCCUGGCGGUCCAGAGCAUCCCGGCGUAUGUGGAAGUAUCCGAUCUCUUCAUUGCCCUGGUUCCGGAACUGACCCACGCCGGGACCCGCAAGCCCUGCAACUACACUUCAUGGCUCUCGCGUGGCUGGUGCCGCGCUGAGCUGUGGUGCCGACUUCUCUCCAACAAGAGGAACACGAGUGUGAUCGUCGUUUACUCGGCUCGGGAAGCCCAGUUCAUCUUCCCAUUGGAUUGGCAACAAAAUCUGAUCGCUGACGGCCAGUUCACUGUGGAGAGUGAUCGCGAAGCUGUGGUUCGACUGGGUGAGAUGGCAGUCGAAAGUAAGAUUCAACACUUGGCCGUCGAGGGCCCGCUGAAGGGAUACCGCUUCUACAAGGCAAUGCGCAACAAGCUGCUCGGUCAGCCGCGGCAGGACCUGAGCCUCGACGCCUUCUUGUCCAGCUUCAACUUUGAGAGUGUUGAGGCGGCAAUAAACGAUGACAGCGGUAUGGAUGGCAUGGCAACAGCUGUCUUUGCCGGGGCCGUGAAUAUCCUGCGCAGAUUGGUUGAGAAGAGGGGCGACCCGAACCGGCGAAUGCGUGGUAUGGGUGAACUAGGCUACUACGACACCCAGACCUUGCUCAUGGUUGCUGCGAAGUCGUCCCAGCCUGCAGAUGUGCUUUCUUCGCUCAUCGAGCUGAACGCUGAUCCGUGCGCCGUCUCACGAAGUGGCAUCAACUGCGCAUUUCUCGCCAGAUCUCCUGGUCAAGUCAAGGUUCUGCUGGAGGCUCGGAUGGAUGUCAGCUCGUCCUUCGAAGUGCAUGGAGCCUGUUCCUUUGCGGACCCAAGUACCGUCAAGGCGAUCUUGGCGGCCCGGGCGAGCGUCAACAGCCAGGGCGAAGGCUACACUCCAUUGCACGCUUGUGCGAUGUUUUCUCGGGGCAAUCGGUUUGCCGCCGAGAUCGCAACCUUGCUGAUCCAACAGCGUGCAGAUGUCAAUGCCCCUGCAACGCCUAAUGGCUACUUUGACUGGGAGUGUCGGUGUGCGCGGAUAGUGGCAGCACUGGCUGGUUUCGAGAACGGCUCCUAUGUUACUCGGAUGCUCGCCAGCAUUCCUGGCAUAACACCAUUGGGAACGGCGGCCUUCAUUGGAGACGAGCACUUGUGCCAGAUUCUGUUGGACCAUGGUGCUGACAUGCGCCCAAACGAGCGGGGCGACACACCCGAGUCCUUUGCGAUCGUCAACCGCCACGACCACCUGAUCCCCCAUUUGGCCACGUUCCCCACCUGA